AUGGCGGUAACAGACUUUUUUGCCGGCGAGGUCGCCACUGAACUUAUCAGAAUGCUUAUAAAAAUAUCCCGCAAAUCCUUGUUCUGUAAGAGCAGCGCAGACGGGCUCAGAUCAAGCAUAGAGGAGCUUCUUCCCAUAAUUCAAGAAAUCAAGUACACCGGUGUCGAGCUCCCCGCCAUGCGCCAGUCCCAGCUUAACAAAAUUUCGGAGACUCUCAGUGAAGGCAAAGAGCUUGCCGAGAAGGUUAUGAGAUCAGGCCGAUGGAACGUCUACAAAAAUUUGCAGCUCGCAAGGAAGAUGGAGAAGCUGGAGCAAACUGUUUCUAGGUUCCUCAACGGACCUAUGCAGGCGCACAUACUGGCUGACGUGCACCAUGUGAGAUUCGAUACGGUGGAGCGGUUCGAUAAGUUGGAUGGGUCUACGAGGCGGAUUGAGCAGAGCCUCGCGGCGAUGAAGAUUGGGGUUGGGGGCGGAGGGUGGGUAGAGGAGGCGGUGAAGACAAUUGAGAUGGAGGAGGAAAGGGGAGAUGAGGAUAGUUUGGGAAAUUUGGGGGUGGGUUUGGGUUUGGGGAGGAGGAAAGUGAAGGAGUUGGUGAUUGGAAAAGAGAAUUUGAGGGUUGUGGGGAUCUGUGGGAUUGGAGGGUCUGGUAAGACCACUCUGGCUACUGAGAUUUGCAAGGAUGAUGAAGUCAAAUCUUACUUCAACAACAAUAUCUUAUUCCUGACUGUAUCACAGUCUCCAGAUCUGGGUCAAUUGAAGGGAAAGAUUUGGAAUUUCGUAUCAGGAGCUGGUGCCUGGGGUUCUAAUGAUGUAGUUCCACAUUGGAACUUGCAAUAUGAAUGUAAAAUUGAACCACGGAUGCUGAUUGUUUUAGAUGAUGUGUGGACACUUUCGGUGCUUGAAGAACUGAUUUUUAAAAUACCUGGCUGCAAAACUCUUGUUGUUUCGCGGUUCAAAUUCCAGGAAGUUUUUAAUGCUACUUAUGAAGUACAAUUGCUGAGGGAAGAUGAAGCUCUGUCUCUCUUUUGCCAUUCUGCUUUUGGACAGAAGUCCAUACCCCCUUCGGCAGAUGCAAAUUUGGUCAAGCAGCUUGUGAAUGAGUGUAAAGGCCUUCCAUUGGCUCUUAAAGUGAUUGGGGCGUCACUGAGGGACCAACCUGAAAUGUAUUGGGCAAGUGCAAAGAAAAGAUUAUCAAGAGGAGAACCCAUUUGCGAGUCCCAUGAAAAUAAACUGCUCAAUCGAAUGGCAAUAAGCGUGGAUUACUUGCCUAAAAAGGUUAGGGAGUGCUUCCUUGACUUGGGAUCCUUCCCAGAAGACAAGAAGAUCCCACUUGAUGUUCUUAUCAAUAUGUGGGUUGAGAUACAUGACAUUGAUGCGGAAGACGCUUUUGCUAUUCUUGUUGAGCUUUCAAAUAAGAAUCUUCUAGCUCUGGUAAAAGAUGCUCGCGCUGGAGAUGUGUAUACUAGUUACUAUGAUAUCUUUGUUACUCAGCAUGAUGUGUUGAGAGACCUUGCUCUUCAUUUGAGCAAUCGUGAAAGCAUAAAUGAUCGAAAGAGAUUGCUUAUGCCCAAACGAGACAUGGCGAUUCCGAAAGAAUGGGAGAGGAAUUCAGAUCAGCCUUUCAAUGCUCAAGUUGUUUCAAUUCAUACUGGUGAAAUGAAUGAAAUGGACUGGUGCCGGAUGGAGUUCCCUAAGGCUGAAGUGCUCAUCCUCAACUUUGCCUCAAAGGAAUACUUUUUGCCUCCUUUCAUCUAUGACAUGCCAAAGCUCAAGGCACUUAUAGUAAUCAAUUACAGCACAUUUAGUUCGACCCUCCACAAUUUUUCUGUUUUUUCUGAUCUGGCCAAUCUGAAGAGUCUCUGGCUCGAGAGGGUGUCGAUUUGUAAAUUAUCCGAGGAAACUAUCUCCCUUAAGAAUUUGCGAAAGAUGUCUCUAGUCCUAUGCAAGAUCAAUGACAGCUUUGAUGCAUCUGUUGUAGACCUGCCUCGUAUCUUCCCUUCACUCUCCGAGCUUUCAAUCGAUCAUUCUGAUGAUUUAAUGCAGCUCCCUUCAAGCCUUUGUAGGAUGGAAAGACUUCAGUGUCUUAGCAUCACCAACUGCCACAAUUUGAAGGAACUGCCUACUGAUUUGGGCAUGCUGAAACGCCUACACAUACUGAGAUUAUACGCUUGCCCGACUCUGAAGACGCUUCCUUCAACCAUCGACCAGCUGGUUUUGUUGGAGUACCUUGAUAUUUCUCAAUGCGUGAAUAUGACAUGUCUUCCAGAAGGGAUUGGUAGGUUAGCCGGAUUGAAGAAGAUCGACAUGCGGGAAUGCCCGCAGAUCUGGGAUCUGCCAGACUCUGCUGCAUAUUUGCGGUCUCUACGCCGCGUAAUUUGUGACGAAGAGGUAUAUUGGGUGUGGCAGGAUAUGAAGAAGGCAAUGCCAUUGCCUGAUCUUCACGUACAGGUUGCGGAGAAAUGCUUUAGUUUGGACUGGCUUAAUGAAUGAUCAUGUAUCAAGUCUGUAAAAUAUCAAUAAUUCCAUGUACAUUACUGUAAAAAUGCUGAUGUAGCUGAAAUUCCAAUGCUAAUAGUAGUAUAGAUUACAAUUUCAUGUUCCA